GUUCAGUUCGGUUAGUAAAUCAUGCGCCGGUACAUCGGUGUUUACGGUAAGCGCGUCUUUCACAGGUACAGAGGGAAUGUGGACAGGACUCAGAGGAAAAGCGAGUGGGAAUCCCGUCAGGAAUCGGGAAAACUGACCGUUUAAGAAGGGAAAUAAAAGAGUGUACGACACUUCCGUGUUUUCCUGCGUGCGACGAAUCAAAGUCCAUCCGGGAACUGGACAUGAGGAGACUGAGGUUCUUGACUGGUUUGCUGGUUCUGCUCGGGUUCGGUUCUUGUGUCAGAGGAGCAGAACCAGAGCUGGACUCCAGACCCAACUUUUGUCCUGAUGAUGGUGGAUGAUCUGGGCAUCGGAGACGUCGGUUGCUAUGGAAACAGCACCAUCAGGACACCAAACAUCGACGGUCUGGCCGCGGACGGAGUGAAGCUGACCCAGCAUCUGGCCGCGGCUCCGCUCUGUACUCCCAGCAGAACCGCCUUCAUGACGGGACGCUACGCUCUGCGCGCCGGUCUGGGCAGCACAGGCCGAGUUCAGGUCAUUCUGUUUCUGGCUGGUUCUGGAGGUCUUCCGCCGAAUGAAACCACCUUCGCUAAACUCCUGCAGAAGCAGGGCUACGCCACCGGCAUCGUGGGAAAGUGGCAUCUGGGUGUGAACUGUGAGAGCAGGAACGAUCACUGCCAUCAUCCCAACACUCACGGCUUCGACUUCUUCUACGGCCUUCCCUUCACGCACUUCAGCGACUGCAAGCCCGGCGCAGGGAAAGGUGUUCUGGUGGACGUUCAGGAGACUCUGCAGCAGACGUCUGCGCUGCUAGCUCUAGCGUUCCUCUCGCUGCUGGCGGUCAGGGUCACCGGUCUGCUGCCGCUCCGCCGGACGCUCCUGGUGUUUCUGGCCGCUCUGGCUCUGCUGAGCUUCGUCGUGUGGUUCGUGCCGUUUGAGCUCCUGAGGACCUGGAACUGCAUCAUCAUGAGGAACGGAGAGGUGCUGGAGCAGCCCAUCGAGCUGGAGACGCUGAACGCCAGGCUGAUGAGAGAAGCCCAGGGCUUCGUGGAGAGACACAGAGACAGGCCUUUCCUGCUCUUCCUGUCACUGGCACACGUGCACACGCCGCUCUUCGUGUCCGAGGGCUUUGCCGGAAAGAGCGAACAUGGGCCGUACGGAGACAACGUGGAGGAAGCAGACUGGAUGAUUGGUAGAAUGGUGGAGACCAUCGAAAGACUCGGCCUGUCGGAGAAAACCUUGAUGUACUUCACCUCUGACCACGGGGGUCACAUCGAAGAGGGUCCGAAAGGAGGCUGGAACGGAAUCUAUCGCGGCGGUAAAGCCAUGGGCGGCUGGGAGGGAGGAAUCCGAGUGCCGGGAAUAUUCCGCUGGCCCGGGCGUCUCACCCCCGGACGAGAAGUGGCAGAACCGACAAGUCUGAUGGAUGUCUUUCCCACGGUGGUGAAGCUGGCAGGUGGAGCGCUGCCGGAGGACAGGAUUCUGGACGGUCAUGAUCUGAUGCCUCUGCUGGAGGCCAGAACCAAUCGCUCAGAACACGAGUUCAUGUUCCACUACUGCGGCAUGUACCUGAACGCUGUACGCUGGCACCCAAACGACAGCGAGUCCAUCUUCAAGGUUCACUUCUUCACUCCGAACUUCUCUCCGGCGGGAGCCGUGGGCUGCUACCACACUCACGUCUGUCUGUGUCACGGUGAGUUUGUGACGUACCACAGGCCUCCGCUGGUGUUCGACCUCAGCAGGGAUCCGUCAGAGAGCCGUCCGCUGGCGCCGGACACCGAGCCGCUCUUCUCCGAGGUGCUGGAGCGGGUGGAGCGGGCCGUGACGGAGCACCGCCGGAGCCUGACGCCGGUGGAGAAGCAGCUGAGCUGGGAGAAGGUGCUCUGGAAGCCCUGGCUGCAGCCCUGCUGCGGGACGUUCCCCUUCUGCUCCUGCCACGAGCACACGGAUACAGAAGACACACAAUAAACACUCAACCAGAGAUCUGCUGCUGUAUCACACCUCUUCUAGAUUUCUCCUCAGAACUGAAAGGGUGAUUCUA